CGGGCCCAUAUCACCAUCCAAGCGUAUCAUUGUUGUAACCACCUAGAACCUGGGUAUCAUGGUGACAUGUAGGUAACUUUAAGCCACUCGAAAAAUGACGAAGCUUCAAGGCUGCACAUGGUGGGGUUCGAACCUACGCAUGGACGUCUGCCCGAUCCCACGCUCACCACUUUAUCCAAUAAGCCACUGCCUCCCCAACACACGACAAGUAUGGAUGUGUUUAUCAAUCCUCAGGAUGUCAGCGUGGGUGGGGACCAAACUCGCCGUGUACUGCGUGGCGCUGCUGGUGAGCCUGAGCAUCGGGGAGGCGCCGCGGCCCCGGGGGAGUGGGGAACCGCUGGAGGCGGCGGGAGCGGCGGCGGCGGCAGUGCUGGCCAGGGCGUGGCAGCCACACUGCUGCGUCAUCUUGCUCACGGACGGUGCCGCCUCCACGCACGCCGUUACCAAGGGGGUGGAGCAGCUGCCGGCGCCUUGGGGAGCCACUGUACUCGAAACACGGCCUGCACCUGGGAAUUCUAACAGGAGCGUAGCGCUGCUGGGUGAGGCGCUGAGCCACGCGCUCAGGGUGAGACGCGCCUCGUGGUGUGUGGUAGUGGUGGUGGUGAGCGACAACAUUUUCUUUCUGGUUAAGUGGGCAGAACUGGGCAUCGAAAGUGGCCUCCUGGCGUGGCCCACACGAGUGGUGGCCAUCACCGGCCUUCCAACAACACGACUGCACCGCAUACACUUGGCCUACUCCCACGCCAACUCCGUGGUUGUAGUGAGCAACGGCAACACUCCGCCACGGUGCACGGUGUGGGUACACCAACCCUUCAGCCCGCCCAACGCCCGGGCGGCUCAGGUUGCCUCCUGGUCACCACUCCGCGGCCUCAGUCUUGUCCCCCGAAAGAUUCUCUUCCCCGACAAGUUUCACAAGCUGGCGUGGGGACCGACACUGGUGGUGGCUGCCGAGGAGUACCCGCCACAUGUGCUGAUCAGCGAUACUGGACCAGGACAAGACUACGUUCUGACGGGGCCUAUGGAGAAACUACUCCGCAUCCUUUCAACUCAGCUUAACUUCACGUACACGAUAAAGAGACCGCCGGACGGGUCAUGGGGCGUGUUGCUGGAGGACGGCUCCUGGACCGGCAUGGUUGGCAUGGUGAACAGGAAGGAGGCGGACAUGGGACUCGGCCCAUUCGCCGUCACCACUAUUCGUGCCACAGCGGUGGACUACACCCGCACCAUCUUGGUAGACUACGGCAGGAUUCUGGCAGGCAGCGGCAAGCCGGAGGUGGACCCCUGGGGCUUCCUGCUGCCCUUCACGCCUGACGUGUGGCUGGCGUUCCUGGCUGCAAUGGGGGCAGCACUGGCGGCCAUUGCCUUCCUGGCGUCCUGCGCGGCGCCGCGACUCGUGGCACCGACUAGUUGGCUGAGCGGCAGGACGCUGAUGUACAUGCGGGUGGUGCUGCAGCAAGACGUGAGUGCGCGGGGCAUGCGGUGGUGGGAGAGGCUGGUGCUUGGGGCGUGGAUGGUGCUGACGCUGGUGCUGAUGCGCAGCUAUGCUGGCACCCUCAUGUCGCUGCUGGCAGUGAGGCAGAUCCCUCAGCCCUUCCAGGACCUCAGGCGUCUGCUGGACGACCCCGACGUCACCAUGGUGUGGGAGGCAGGCUCCAUGUACGUCCAGUUCCUCAUGGCAGUCACGUCAGGAAUCUUCCGCGAGGUGCGGGAGGCGGAGAGCUUAGGGCGCCUCGUGUUUGUCAAAACAACGGACUAUAACCACGUGUUGGACCAGAUGGUGCGGCGCGGCACUCACGCCUUUGUGGGGGAAUACUUGUCCAGCCGCGUCCUCAUGGCAAACGACUUUUCUGCGUCAGGUCAGUGUGAUUUCUACGCCUCUCGGGCCAAGUUCCUGCCCUUCAUGUUCGCCAUGGUGGGCCGCCGCUACAGCCCCCUCGUGCCGGCACUCUCCGCCAGGAUCGGGUCGGUGACAGAAGCUGGCCUUUAUGACUCAUGGCUGGAUGCCGCCAUUCCCAACGACACCUCGUGUGUCGCCGCUCCCACCAAAGUCACGGUCACAUCCUCUCUGGGGCUGGUCAAUCUCUGGGGAAUGUUUACCAUGCUGGGCAGCGGUGCCGCUGUCGCCGGGCUUGCCCUUGUCGGAGAAGUCCUCGCUGGUCACCUGUAGCUCUCUCACAGGUAGGCUUUGUACAGACAUAUACCAGUGACCUUUCAAGUAUAACGCCUGAUGGUCAAAACUACUUCGCGCAGACCAGCCUGUCCACGCUGGCCUGUUCUGCUGAAAGGCAACACCGGGAAACCUUCGAUAACAUGUAGACAUUGAGUGUUGUUCAUAACAAUAAAAUCAAAACGUUACAAAAUAUCCUGCACCACACAGGAGAAAAAACCUAGAAAUAGGUUUUCCCUAAGGACAAGAGAAUAGCAGCAGCAGCAGCAGCAGCAGAAACAAUAAGAGUAGUGAUGCAAGAAAUGAUUGCCAACAAUGGUUGUCAUCCAUCUACGUAGUUUCAGUUGUGUUUCUAUUAAAUGACUUAGCAAUA